CAUGAUCCUCUAUGUCCAGGUUCACCCACUUCUUCUAACACUAUGUACUAGGUAGGUAUGUGGGUGUGUCGAAGCGAGUUUACCGUACAUAGCACUGCCCUAUACACUACUACUAUGCACUGGGGCUACAACAUUGACUGCCAUAUCUCAAGGCAUUGACCCCAGUUCUCUUUCACGUUUGUCGGAAUCAAUUGGCAGUUGGAUCUGUGCUAGGACAGUAAGUGAACAAUUCGUCUCACCUCGUUAGUUGCAUACCUAGUACAGCUUGUAUCCGAUAUGUACCGAUUAAGAUAGCAUGUAACACUCGAAGGUUCAGAAGUUCCACUUGAGUAAGAAAAAUUGAAGAUUAACUAGAUUCGAUACAAUCAUUACCUAGGUAGUUGAUAUCUAUUACUAUCUACAUAUUCCUCGACGAAUAGACUCUUGAGGUAUUUCAAAGUUCCAGAUCGUUCACCCACCACGUAGGCAUCUAAGCCAUGGAAAAGCCUAAUCCAACACAAUACCUUAGGUCUGUUAUUCCGUCACAGGAAUAUUCGGCGUUGAUUGACUCAGUGCUUCCAACUCUAAUCGACUGCAUCUUCGACAUUGCAAAGGCGCUAAAGAGAUCGCAUCAUGUGUCUCUUGCAGGCGGUGCGAAUGCAUUUGGCGAUGACCAACUAAAUGUAGAUGUAUUGGCCGAGAACAGUAUCAGAGACGCUAUCUCACGGUGUCCUUUCGUGGUCACUGCCAGCAGCGAAGAAGAUCCAGUUGAGCGAAAUGCUGGCAGUCCGCAGGAAGAAUCCACUAAUGAUAUUCCCAAGGAGCAUUAUACAGUCGCCUUUGAUCCUUUGGAUGGAAGUUCCAUCAUAGCGCCAAACUGGACUGUCGGAACCAUCAUCGGCAUCUGGCAAGGGAAGACAGCCCUCAACCAGCCACCAGCAAGUAAGCAGGUGGCUGCCGUGCUUGGUGUCUACGGGCCACGCACCACAGCCAUCAUCGCAUUGCGCGUUCCCGGUUCCGAGCCACUAUGUCUCGAGCUAGGAGUUGGCGAGCACGGUGGGCGUGAUAGUGAAAUCAUUCGGCCUACUGUGCGGUUAACAGAGAUGCCCGUAAAAACCCGCUAUUUCGCUCCCGCAAAUCUUCGAGCAGCGGCAGAGGACGAAAAGUACAUGGGAUUGAUUUCAUACUUCAUACAGAACAAGUACACAUUGCGCUAUAGUGGGGGGCUCGUCCCGGACGUGGUUCAUGCUCUAGUCAAAGGCCACGGCAUUUACAUCUCGCCCGUGACCUCGACUAGCAAGGCAAAAUUACGACGGCUCUAUGAGCUGUUCCCUCUUGCGCUGAUUGUUGAGUGUGCCGGCGGGAAAGCGAUCGACCCAAAUGAUGGAACGAACAUACUAGAUACGCCCUUGAGAGAUAUAAAUGAAACGGCCGGGCUAGUGUGUGGGACGGCGGAGGAGGUUGACUUGGUUAAGAAGAUGCUAAUCGAAGCUGGACGUUAAGAAGACGUUGAGGACUUGAGGGAGCGGGUUAGGAGAAGGCUUAUAUCUCAAUUA